GGAGGGAGCGGCGGGGCGGCUCGGGGGUGGGGGCGGAAAAGAGAGAGAAAACGCUACAAAGUGAAGCCACAUCGCCAAACUUGCCGCGCCGACUGCAGCAGCCCCGGCACCGGAGGACCAACAGCCACCCUGAGAUUGACGCUCCCGCUCCCCCUCCCCGCCGUCCGGGCUCCCUGCCACUUUCCCGGGAGCUCCCAGUAAUUAGAGCCACGCAUCCCCCCCUCCUCCUCCCCCCCCCUUUUUUUUUAUUUUUAUUUCUAUUUUUGUUCUGUUAUUUUCUUCCACCGAUUCUUGCGAGCACUCCCUGCCCCUCCGUCGGGCCGGUCCUUUUUCUCCCCGGGAAGCCGAGAGGCAUCGCUCACGUUUCUCCGCCGCCGCCUUUUUUUUUUUUUUUUCCCCUUUGCGAUUUUGCAAUAUAGGGGAAAAGCAGACCAGUGUCCUGAAAACCCAGAGAAAACACUCAUUGAUCUUCAAAAUGAAAUGAGAUUUGGACCAAUAAUGGGAGAUGGCAGUCACCACAAUGGCAUGUGAAAGACCAUGGUGAACCCAGGCAGCAGCGCCCAGCCUCCCCCGGUGACGGCUGGCUCCUUGUCCUGGAAGAGGUGCGCAGGUUGCGGGGGGAAGAUCGCGGACCGUUUCCUGCUCUAUGCCAUGGACAGCUACUGGCACAGCCGGUGCCUGAAGUGCUCCUGCUGCCAGGCUCAGCUCGGAGACAUCGGCACAUCCUGUUACACCAAGAGCGGCAUGAUCCUGUGCAGGAAUGACUAUAUCAGGUUAUUUGGAAAUAGUGGCGCUUGCAGUGCUUGCGGACAGUCGAUUCCUGCCAGUGAGCUGGUCAUGAGGGCACAAGGCAAUGUGUAUCAUCUUAAGUGUUUUACAUGCUCUACCUGCCGGAAUCGCCUGGUCCCGGGAGACCGGUUUCACUACAUCAAUGGCAGUUUAUUUUGUGAACAUGAUAGACCUACAGCUCUCAUCAAUGGCCAUUUGAAUUCACUUCAGAGCAAUCCACUACUCCCAGACCAGAAGGUCUGCUAAAAGGUCAGAGUAAUGCAGAGUGCGUGCCUUCAUCUCAAAUUUUGUUCAUCACAGAUGGAUCCCAUGUGUCUCCAGUAGACAAGUCACCUUUGUAGCUAGCACCAGUGCCAGCUCCAUGCCAUUGCACCUUCUUUAUUCUUGAUUGCCCUUCCCACAUUUAUUGGUGUAUUAAAAUGACUGAAUAUGAACAUUAAGGACUCCAUGAACCUGGGCUAAUGGGAGACUGUAGAGAAAAUGAAAAAAGAUCCACCGGAGGACAUCUUUGGGGGGAGGGGGCUGGGGAGGGAGGGAAAUGACUAAUGAAGCUAAUUAAAAGAAGCAUUCAAAUCUGCUUUCUACCGUCAUUAACAAUUAGCAGGGCACUGGCCGGAGUUUGUACCCUGUGUUUUACCUUAACAACAUUCUAUUUGCUCUUUGUAUAUUUAAGUGUUGUAAGGAAAUGUGUUUCAAUCAAAACUGAACAUGAGAUAAAGGAAAGAGAUGUGGCUUUUGUGAUAUUCUAUCACAAACACUUUUAUUGUAUCUCUGUAAAAUACAAUGUAUGUAUGCAUGUAAGUGUUUUUGUCCUAAUGUUGCUACUUCCCAUGGCAAAAAAAAGGAAAAAAAGAUUGGAAAAAAAUUUCAGGCUCAUAGCAGCUACUGUGUAGAAAUUUUUCCCUACUUCUAAUUUGCUGAAUGAAGAAAAAUCUUUUAUUUGUGAUAUUUUCAGAGACAUUUGCUCUAGUAUGGUGUAUUUAAAUAAUAAAAAUUUAAAAGGAAAAUGUCUUUUGGUUUAAAAGCUUGGCUUUUCUAAAUCAUAUUCUGAAUAUUUAGCUGUUUGCUUUGAGGAUACACUUCCAGUUUUGUGGGGGUGGAAGGGGUGAGAGUGUGUGUAUGUGUGAGAGAGAGAGAGAUUUUGGACAUUGGGACAAAACAAUACUUCCAACUGAACUUUUUGUGUGGUUUCAGAUUAUCAAUUAUAAGUAAGCAAGCAUAGCAGUUUUCAUGUCACAGUAAAUCUUUGUAUAUGUAUAAAAAGAAUGAAUUCUCUCUACUUAAAUCAUUUGGAACUUUUGCCCUAGGAAAAUACUGUUUUUUGAAAAGGGUGUUUCAGGGAAAGGUGAGAUGACCGAUGUGUAUGUUACUAUCAGUUUUGGAAAGGAAUAGCAUUUCUAAGCCUUACCUGCACAUGUUUUCAAGUUCCAUUAACUGAAGAGCCCAAAGCUCAUUUUGUAGUGAAUUUCAUUGGAGAGGCCUUUCCUAGCAAGUUCGAGCGUGGGUUUGGUGUGCACUGUGACCUUUCUGUUUUUAUUUUCCUCCCGCCAUUGGCCCUUCACCCCGCUUGCCUUUUUUGUCUCACAUAUUUGGAGAGGAUUCAGAUUUCAUGUGGAUAUAUCCUUGAGGUAUUUAUCUGCUAAUCCCAGCCAGUAGAAUAUGCACAACCACCCAUUUAGCCUCCUUGGAGGUGUUACGGGCAGAUAAUGGAAAGAAGGUUUAACGUGACCCAACAUGGGUAUGUCAAGUGGCUUGAAUUGAAUCCAGCAGCCUGGGAUAUUGCUGCUCUGUGACAGAACCAGGUCAGUAUUGGUGAUUCUCCUAUUUGUUAAGCACAGACUAAUACAAUGAAAUAUCUUAUAUAUUUUCUUAUUUCACUUUUUAAAGCGGUACCAAUUUUAAUUCUAGGUGGGCCCAGAGAAACCCCUGAUAUAUCCACUGAGGUGAUGCAGAUAGGUGACUUAAACAUAUAGGGUGAGCAGUGCGUGUACAGGCUAACCACUAGCUUCCUUUGAGAUCACCUCCUCUGCUUCCAAACGAAACAACAGCUUCUCUCAGUUCCUCCUUUUUAAUGUUUCAGUCAGAAGAAAUUAAGCGCUAUAAUUAAGCAUUGUAAAAACAUGGCAAAGGAAUUAAAAGAAUCCGAUGAUGAGAAUUAAUGUAACCUAAACUGAGAGCUUUAUUAAAAAAAAAAAACCCCACAAAAAAACAGCUUUGUAUUUUGCAUUUUCUGAUACAGAAUUAAACCUUCGGGGCGCAUCUCUGGAAAAUUGUCACUCGUUUUAUUUUUCAUUUAAAGGCUACUUGCACUCAUAAGGACGUGGAACUGAAAUACUAAUAAGAUUGAAAAAAGGAGUCGGUCUAAGCUUUCCUGGCUUUUAAUGCAGUUUUUCGGUUGUCCUGUAUAACCCAGAAAUACUGAGAAGAUGGUUAAUAACUUCUAGUAAGUAAUGUAGGAUGGCAUUUAGUGAUGUAGAGGUCAAAGUUCGUUAAAGACUCUAAAUGAACUAUUAUAUGACUGGUUUGUAAAGCAUUGCUACCUAUUUAAUAGCGAGCUUUAAAAGCAUUUCUUAAGUUGCAGACCUAUAAGAUUACAAAUGUCACUCAUGUUAGUAUAAUCCACAUGCAAGUGAUGAAGACUUGGCUUUGAUGUGCUAAAUUGGAGAAGGUCUAAUGGAGCUAUGAAUAUACAAUAGAACAUAUUUAAGUAGUAGUCAUGCUUUAGGUAAAACACUUUCUUGAAACCAGAGGCAUUUCAAACAAUAAAACAGGGCUCUAAUGGGGGUGCUCCCUGUGAGUAGAAGGCCACUGAAAACACUUAGGUUUGUUCUUAUGUGAGCAAUGAUUGUGUGUGCUGUUUUUUUUUCCCCCUCUUAAAACAUUUCUUGAAGGAAAAACACGUGGGCCUAUUCACCUUUAAUCUUUGGCAAUCUUUGAAUGGGUAGUUGUGAAAUGCGUACUGUUCAGUGUUUUAGAAAGUGUUUAAUAUUAACCAUAUCAUGAAGGAAGAUGGUUCCUGAAAAGUGCAGUUUAAACAAAAAAAAGUGAUGCCUCGAAGUGGAAAGCACAUCAAUGAACUGGGGGUUUAAAGAAGAGUUUAAUAUACCUAAAUGCCUUAAUCAUGCGACUUGUCACACCUAUGAAUGAAAAAAUGUUGCUAAAAAGAUUGUGCUCUGAAGGGUUUCAAUCCUUUUGUCUAUCCAACUGCUUCACGAGCAGCCGGAAAUCCUUUCCAGACCAAAUUGGCGGUCACAGGAUUAUUUCCAGUUUUCUCGACAUUGUUCUAGAGCUUCCGAGUUCUGUCGUAGCUUAUGAAUGCUAAAAGGAAAAUGCACCAAAAUAAAGCCCGUGAAAUUGUUGUAUCUAAAAUAUGAACUGUGUUUAGAUGGUUGCUAUCACUCUGUUCAGUUUGAUAUUUGCAACAUCUAUUUCAGAUGAAAUACCUAAGCUAAAUGAUUUCAAAUGCCAAUACAGUUAAAUGUUUAUCACACUGUAUGGUCUUUCUCAGCACCAAUAAAUUACAUAACAAAUACCCAGCAUCUGCUAUCCAGUAUCUGAAGGCCUGAUGAAGUGUCUGUGUAUUAUAUACAGAGCUAUUUAAAAUGAGAAAAUGAGAUAGAUGCCACAAUCAGUUUUAAAAGCAGCUCUACUGUGGAAUUCUGUGUUUGUGGUGUUGCACCUGGGCUAAUGACAAUCUGUGAGCCACAGACCCUAACCUACCUGAAAGAAGUUGUUACGCAUAGUUUACCCAUUGUCAGUCCAGCCAAGUCACCGAAAUGCUUAUUGCAGUUAAAUAGCAAUUUGUUUCCGUGAAACUCCAAUUAAAGUAUUACUGAGCAGCCAUUUUAGAUUGGCAUUGCUCUGAAUGCAUGUUAAAUAGCGAGCAGCUCCCACUUGCAAAGUCUGAGAUCUGAAUAACUGAAGUGUAACACAGCUAUGUUCUCUGUCAAAUUAAAGGGUAUUUGAAUCCUCCGUGAAGCACUCUGCUCCCGUCACAAACAUGCUGAAAGCGGUGACGAGUCAGGACUGAUCUUUCAAAGUUGAACUUUCAACUUACCUCAAGUUAAUACUGUUGGUGGUAUAAGAAGUGCUUUAUGCUAGUAGAGAUGUGUUUUCCUAGAGGGGAUGUUUUCAACCUUAGAUUGAUUCUGUUGACAAUGGACUGUAACUUGAAGGCCUCAAGCCAAUAAUGUACUACAGGUCUUGACAUGUUACAGCUGUAUAAACAGGGCUACUGUAUCUUCUAAAUCACAACUAAUAAACCAUAGGACAAAAAUCAA